UUGGGCCAUGGCUUGUUUGGUGUUUCUAAUACGAAAAUUGGAUUUUUAGUAGAAAUUAUGCUUUUUUCUGCCUCAGUUUUGGUUAGGGUUUGAAAUUUUACUUUUUUCUUUUUUUACUAUUAUAGUUUUCAUAAUUUCUAUGAACAGGCUUGAAUUUUAUUCUUCGGGGUGUAUUUUUUUUACUUCAAUGUUUCACAUUGUAAAUCUUUUUGUUUUAGUUAUUGCUGAUGAAAUUGCCAUUGCUGAUAAGAAGGUAGUUUUAUAUUAUAGGUCAAAUUGCUUUUUUGGAAAUAAAAUUUUCACUUAGAAGAGAAAAGGUUUUCUUUUGAGCUUUUCCAACUAGUUCCUUUUUCCCCUAAAUUUUGAGAUUUAGAGUUGGACUUUUGAGGAGUUGUGCACUGUCAAAUGAAUCUUUUGACUGCUCAUUCUGAUGGAAAUUGGAGAGUAAGCUUUCUACUUAGUGGUCUAAUCUCUGCCGUUGAAUCUAGAAGAUGAAAUUGUCACUUGAACUUAGCUGCACAUAUUGUGCUACAUUUAAUGGGGUGGGAGGCUCUAUAUUGAGUAUUUUAAACACUGAUCAUCUCUAGAAGUUUCCAUCUUCUAUCUACAUUUCGUUAGCAGUUGGAUGUUUAUAUAUAUGAUUACCUUAUGAAAAGAAAACUGCAUACUGCUGCGAAGGCAUUUCAGGCUGAAGGGAAAGUAUCCACAGAUCCUGUUGCUAUUGACGCACCUGGUGGUUUUCUCUUCGAAUGGUGGUCUGUCUUUUGGGACAUUUUUAUCUCUAGGACAAAUGAGAAGCACUCGGAAGCAGCUGCAUCUUACAUUGAGCAGACUCAAGUGGUCAAGGCACGGGAAAUGCAGCAGCAGCCAAAGCCUCAGCAACAUCAGCAAAUGCAGAUGCAGCAGCUGUUAUUACAGAGACAUGCUCAGCAGCAGCAGCAGCAGCAGCAGCAACAACAACAACAGCAACGUAGAGAUGGUAACCAGCAUCCAAGUGGAAAUGCCAGUGGACUUGCUGCUAAUGAUGUCACGAGACAGAACUCUGCGACUGCAAAUGCUUUGGCAACAAAAAUGUACGAGGAUAGACUAAAGCUUCCGCUUCAGAGGGAUUCCUUGGAUGAUGUGACUAUGAAGCCAAGACUAAAUGAUAAUAUGGGCCAGCUUUUGGAUCCAAAUCAUGCCUCAUUGUUGAAAGCAGCUGCAUUGGGUGGCCAGCCUCCAGGGCAAACACUGCAUGGGACACCUGGAGGCUCAGGAAAUCUGCAACAGGCUCAAAACCGCAGUCAGCAGCUUCCUGUGUCUACUCAGGAUUUAAAGAAUGAGAUUAAUGCAAUGAUAAGUCCCAGAACUGCUGGUACAGAAGGAUCACUGAUUGGAGUUCAUGGAUCAAAUCAAGGUGGAAGCAACUUAACUCUGAAAGGAUGGCCUUUAACAGGAGUGGAUCAGCUUGGGCUUCUUCAGCAUCAAAGAUUGAUGCAAUCUCCUCAGCCACUCAGUAAAUUUCAGUUACAACAGCAGCUGAUCCUUCAAGCGCAACAAAACUUGGCAUCACAAUCAGUCAAUGAUUUGGAACGCAGAAAACUGAGAAUGCUUCUUAGUAACCAGAGUAUGGCUCUUGGGAAGGAUGGCCCAUUGCAUUCUGGCGAUGUGCUUGGGAACUUUGGAUCAGGAAUGCAAGUUAAUAACCCUAUGUUGCCACGUGGGGAUACAGAUAUAUUAUUUAAGCUGCAUGUUACUCAGUUACAGCAGCAACAACUACAGAGCAACAACCAACAACAGCAACAGUAUGCACAGCACCCACUUGUGAGUCAGCAGUCUCAAAACUCAAAUCAGCACCUCCAGCCACAAGAUAAAAUUGUUGGUUCCAGCAGCAUGACGGGGGAUGGUAGCAUGUCAAACACUUUUCAAGGAAAUGAUCAGGCUUCAAAGAGUCAGAUUGGGCGAAAGAGAAAGCAACCAGGGUCAUCCUCAGGCCCCGCCAAUAGCUCAGGCACAGCUAAUACCACUGGACCAUCCCCUAGUUCUCCAUCAACACCCUCGACUCGCACACCAGGGGAUGCUAUUUCAAUGCCCAUGUUGCCACACAGUGGUGGUUCCUCUAAGCCUUUGCUUAUUUUUGGUUCUGAUGGAUUGGGCUCUCUUGCAUCUGCUUCAAAUGACCUUGCUGAUAUAGACCGUUUUGUGGAUGAUAGAACUUUGGAUGACAAUGUAGAUUCUUUCUUUUCUCAUGAUCCUGCAGAUCUUAGAGAUAGAGUUGGUCGGUCUGCAGAUGUCAGCAAAGGCUUUGAGCUUUCAGAGGUUGGGCUCCUUCCUUCAAGUACGGGGAAAAUUGAAUGUUGUCACUUCUCAUCAGAUGGAAAAUUGCUUGCAACGGGUGGGCAUGACAAAAAGGCUACACUUUGGUGCACAGAGUCUUUGACAGCAAAGUCUAUCCUCGAUGAGCAUUCUCAAUGGAUCACAGAUGUUCGUUUCAGCCCAAGCAUCCCUCGGCUUGCUACAUCUUCAGCUGACAGAACUGUCAGGGUUUGGGAUGCUGAUAAUUCAGGGUACACACUUCGCACAUUUACUGGACACUCUACAACUGUCAUGUCAGUGGAUUUCCACCCUAGUAAAGAGGACCUCAUUUGUUCAUGUGAUAAUAACAGUGAGAUUCGCUAUUGGAGUAUCAAGAAUGGUAGUUGUGUUGGAGUCUUCAAGGGUGGUGCUACCCAGACAAGGUUCCAACCCCAUCAUGGAAGGAUCCUUGCAGCUGCGGCAGAGAAUGUGAUAUCUAUACUAGAUGUUGAGACCCAACAGUGCAGGCUCAAAUUGCAGGGGCAUAGAAACCCUAUCCAUUCUGUGUGCUGGGAUCCAUCAGGUGAGUAUUUGGCGUCUGUGAGUGAUGACUUGGUUAGGGUGUGGACAGUGGGAUCUGGCAGCAAAGGUGAAUGCAUGCAUGAGUUAAGCUGCACCGGCAACAAAUUUCAUACCUGUGUUUUUCACCCAACCUUUUCUUCUCUGCUGAUCAUCGGCUGUUAUGAGACUCUGGAGCUUUGGAACAUGGCUGAAAAAAAGACAAUGACUCUGCCUGCACAUGACAAGCUGGUAUCUGCUUUAGCAGUUUCAAAUGUCACUGGUUUGGUAGCUUCUGCUAGUCAUGACAAACUGAUAAAGCUGUGGAAGUGAUUUUGCGCUUUUGGGGUCUUCCGCACAUUACAGGUGAAUACAUAUAGAUAGUAUAUGCAUGUGAACCAGAUUCCUGGUUUUCUGACAGAUACCUUUUGUAGCUGUUAUAUAGGCUAAAGGGUUAACAGCCUGUUCACUAGAAAUUGCUUCUUAGAUUUUAUCCAUUUUACAGUCCACACUAACCCAGUCCCAGUAACCCCACGAUUUUAAUUUUUGUGCUAAAGCUGACAAUGAACGGGGCAGGGGAAAAGGUUUAACAAUGUCAAGUAGAUUUAUAUACUGAAACCUACAAAAAGUUGUCAUUGUAAAUGCAACAUAGAAAGUAUCUGAAUGCAAUGAUGAGCAUUAUCUCAAAUUUGCUCCUUUUCUGUGA